UUAGCCAUGAGUUCGAUACAGGAACGUCUGCAGAUGAAGCGUGUCCCGCUGGAUAAGUGGUCCACGAAGGAGAAGCUAUGUCUCGCAUCAUCCGUUGCCUGCAGUGGCGAUCAAAACUGGAUGUCAGUGAGCCGGUCGUUGAAGAUGCUGUGCAGCGGUGACCGUCCAAACGAUUGGUUUGCACAAAAGUCCUGCGCGGCACAGUACGGCAAACUGCUCGAGAAUGUGGAAACACCUAAGCGCAAGAAGCGGACCGCUUCCGAGCGUGAUGGUGUUGCUGCGGUCGAAACACCCGGUGAAUCGAUACUCCGGAAGCUGACCCAGGAGCGCAUCAUUGAGCUGAAGAAAACGAUCCAGGAGGAGACGCAACAGUACAUUAAGGUGAAGGAAGACAUCAUACUGAUACAGAGCGGUGUUACGGAUGAGAAAAAGUUACGCGAAAUGUGGAAACAGAUCGAGCUGGAGAAGGCCCAGAAGGAGAAGGAACAGAUACAGCACGCUCAGUGGUUGAAGGAACGGGAGGAGAAGAAGCUAGAGCUCGAGCGUCAGUGGCGUCCGAUGUAUCCGAGCUCGCCAACGGCAACGAAAGCACCGACACCUCCGAUAAAAUUUAAGGAUGAAACGGACGAAGAUAGUCAAGGGUCGUGCAAGUCGGGAACAUCACCGCUGUUGACAUCGUUGCUAAAAAAUGCCGGAGAAGCAAGAGCGAGCUCCGGUGCACCGAUCAGCUCACCAACAGCUGGAACUCGGACAGUGGCUUCACCUACAAUUACGAAUCUUUUAACGGGAAGUGCUGUAAAGUCACCUUCACCGUCCGUUGUCGUCGGUUUGGCAGGAACAACGGAGCUGGACGCUCAGCUUGGUGUGACAAUCAAGCAAGAGGCACUGGCCGCUUCGACUAGCACAUUCGAUGGGAAGGAACUGCAUACGGUAAAGUUGGAAGAAGUGGAAUGUAACAUGGAUGGAACUAAACUGGACGAAUCGAACGCCGGAAAAUCAGAAACACUUUUUGCCGAGAUGGACAGUGAAGAUAAUGCAGAUCCAGCAAAAGAUUUAAUGGACGUGCUGGAAGACCUGAUCCCGGAUGAUUUGGACGAAAUUCUGAAGGAAAACAGUGGCAUGAUAUUGGAGGAUGUCGAUCUGAAGAAUGUAGUCGAAUCGAUCAUAAUGGAGGAAGAUACGCUAAAGGAUAAGGAUAUCGAUCUGAUGGCGGACGCGGAAGAUGUGCAGAUGGCGGAAGUAGGCGUGGAGGAAAGUGUUGCUGAAACGGCUUCAAAAAACGAGGCACCCUCGGUGGAACGUCCUAAAUCUCCACCAACAAUCGUGUCACCGGCACCGGCAAUAGUAUCGUCCGUCCCAGCAGUGCCCGAGGUCACUAAACUUUCAGCGUUGAACACAGUGAAGGAAGAAGUCGAAGCCACUGCGGUAGAGAAUGUGUUGGAUGAGAAACUAACCAUUGCUCAGCAGCAGACGGUUUCCAAAGUACAACCCGUGAUGGAACCGGAAUGUCCGGAAACGAUCGAAACAAAGGUGGAAAUCAUACCGAUUGAAGAUAGUACCAGCAAUUCUCCGGCAACGAAUGAUCCUUCCAGUGACGACAAUAAGGAUACUGCGGAAGAUUCAAGCGGUCAAGAGCAGCCGGAAAGUGUGAUCGUGGUGUCAGAUUCGGCUAAAGAGGAAGAAGAGUUUGAGGAUCGCGAGGGGGAAGAAGUGAGCCCGAAUGAUGGUGGUCCUCCGACGAUUGAAGAUGAAGACUCGGACGACAAACCGUUGGCUUCUUUGGAGGUGACGACUGAUACUGGUAAACAGACUGUGCAGGAAGAAAUGGAUCAAUCAGUUAAGAAACCGCUGACAGUCGGGGUAGAGCCAGCAGAGAAACGUACCACUGACCCGACGGUUGUUUCACCUAAAGAAGCAAAGUUAGAGGCUGUUAAAUUAGAACCCGGCACAGCAUCAGUUGACGAAGCGAAGGCUAAGAAGGAAGCGAUGGAAAAGCUGGCCUCAGAGUACGACUUUAAAGACGACGUUGAACCAAUCGUGCAGCUAUCGACCAGGAAGGUAAAAGAAGAGAAGCACGUGUCGGAGGAUGAGGUGUUUGUCGAUGCUCAGGAAACGGUGGAUGAACCAGAGGAGGUAAAGGAAAUCAUCGAACCGCAGGUGAAAAAACCGCCAACCGAUGAUACAGUGCUUACGGUGACGGAUACCGACGAUGAUUCGCUGAUUGAAAUGAAGAUCGGCAAGGCAAAGCGUGACUAUUCGCGCCGCCGUCUAGCGGAUGAAGCGCAAAAACUGCGAGACGAUUUGGCCGGCCAUUCCAGAAGCGAAGAAACGGAAGGACGAUCGUUAAGAAAGCUGCGUGAUCGUGAUCGUUCGGAAAGUCCGUUUGUGGCGCAGGAUGAUGAGCCGAACGAGAAAAUGAAACGAAGCUAUUCUUCCACCCCGGUGAUGGACUCGAUACCAGGAUCACCCGCCUCAAGCGAGGAUCGUGACUAUCGCGCCUGGAAAAAGUCCAUUCUGGCCGUGUAUUCAAAGAUUGCUGCGUCGAAGAAUGCGGCCGCGUUCCAGAAACCGCUGCCAGAGGAUCAAACGGCACAGCUUAUUUAUCGGCCGAUGGAUUUGUCGCAAAUAAAGCGUAACAUUGAGAAUGGGAACAUUCGAACGACGGGUGAAUUUCAGCGAGAUAUUUUGCUGAUGUGCACCAAUGCGAUUAUGCUAAAUCGUGGCGAUCUCUGUUCACCCCAGGCGGCUAGCUUGCUGCUGCGGGAAAGUGUGUCCAUUAUCGAGACCGGGAUGGAUCCGAAGGUGGUCAAGGAGCGUGAUGGUGAGCGAGGCACACAUAAGCGGAGUUCGCGCAAGAGCACAACGCGAAAUUCGUCUGCUGGAAGAAGCUAAUCCGAUGACGAUGGAAGGGAGAGA